UUUAGACUCUAGUGCUUACCCACUUGUGAUACGUGAGGCUUAAUCAAAGAAUUAGAAACGUUAGUCUACUCUUGAACACGCACCCAAAUAAGACAUCGAAACACCGGCAUCAUUUUCAACUGUCUGAACUCCAAAUUUUGCAGACAAGGUGAAAGAUGGUGAAAGUGCGUAUGAACACGGCCGAUGUGGCCGCAGAAGUUAAGUGCCUUAAGAAAUUGAUCGGUAUGCGAUGUUCUAAUGUCUAUGACAUAACUCCCAAGACUUAUAUGUUCAAGCUAAUGAAUAGUAGUGGAGUUACAGAAUCUGGGGAGAGUGAAAAAGUUUUGUUAUUGAUGGAAAGUGGUGUUAGGCUUCAUACAACUGUCUAUGUCAGGGAUAAGAGUAAUACUCCAUCUGGGUUUACUCUAAAAUUGAGGAAGCAUAUUCGUACUAAAAGGCUUGAAGAUGUAAGGCAGCUUGGGUAUGACAGGAUUAUUCUUUUCCAAUUUGGGUUGGGUGUUCAUGCUCAUUAUGUCAUAUUGGAGCUCUAUGCUCAGGGAAACAUUCUCCUUACAGAUUCUGAAUUUACUGUCUUAACUCUGCUUCGAUCUCAUAGAGAUGACGAUAAAGGUUUUGCAAUCAUGUCUCGGCACCGCUACCCAACUGAAUUAUGUCGUGUUUUUGAGCGGAGUACCAGCUCGAAGCUGAAAGAAGCUCUUGAAGCUUCAUAUAAUCAGGGUGAAGAUGUGGAUAUUGAAGCGAAAGAUAUUGAAACGAAAGAAGAUGGAAGCAAUGUGUCGCAAACACUGAAAUCUAAAAAAAAUGCUAAUAAGGGUGGAAAAGUUCCGGAUGUCAACAAAGCAAGAAAUGAUAGCUCUCGUUCAAAACAGCGGACCUUAAAGAUGGUGCUUGGUGAGGGAUUAGGUUAUGGUCCUCAGCUGUCUGAACAUAUUAUACUGGAUGCUGGUUUGAUUCCAAGCAUGAAAAUUUCAAAAGAGAGCAAGCUGGAUGAGGGUAAAGUUGAGAUUUUGGGUCAAGCUGUGAGUAAAUUUGAGGAUUGGCUAGAGGAUGUUAUUCUUGGAAGUAAAGUUCCUGAAGGAUACAUUUUAAUGCAGCCAAAGAAAGCAGUGGGAAAGGAAAUUGGUACCACUGAGCCAGGAGAUUCCAGCAAGAUUUAUGAUGAAUAUUGUCCAAUCUUACUAAAUCAAUUCAAAACAAGGGAUUUUUUGAAGUUUGAAACAUUUGAUGCAGCUUUGGAUGAAUUCUACAGCAAAAUUGAGAGCCAGAAAGUUGAACAGCAGCAAAAAGCAAAAGAAGGAUCCGCUAUGCACAAGCUUGAUAAAAUACGCAUGGAUCAGGAAAAUCGUGUGGUUACUCUGAGGAAAGAAGUUGAGCAUUCUGUUAGAAUGGCACAAUUGAUCGAAUACAACUUGGAGGAAGUUGAUGCUGCUAUAAAGGCUGUCUGUGUUGCUUUAGCAAAUGGCAUGAAUUGGGAUGAUCUUGCACGUAUGGUGAAGCAAGAGAAAAAAUCUGGAAAUCCAGUGGCUGGUCUAAUUGACAAGCUCCAUUUAGAUAGGAACUGCAUAACACUCCUGUUGAGCAAUAAUCUUGAUGAUAUGGAUGAUGAAGAAAAGACACUUCCAGCAGAUAAGGUAGAAGUUGAUUUGACACUUUCAGCACAUGGGAAUGCUCGCCGGUGGUAUGAGAUGAAAAAAAAGCAAGAGAGUAAACAGGAAAAAACUAUCACAGCUCAUGAAAAAGCUUUCAAAGCUGCGGAGAGGAAGACGCGUUUCCAGCUCUCACAGGAAAAAACAGUUGCCAGAAUUUCUCAUAUGCGCAAAGUCCAUUGGUUCGAAAAAUUUAAUUGGUUCAUCAGCAGCGAAAAUUAUUUGGUUAUUAGUGGACGUGAUGCUCAGCAAAAUGAGAUGAUUGUUAAGCGUCACAUGGAGAAAGAUGACCUGUAUGUUCAUGCCGAGAUGCAUGGAGCUUCAAGUACUCUAAUCAAGAAUCACAAGCCUGGGCAGCCAGUUCCCCCUUUGACAUUGAACCAAGCUGGGUGUUAUACUGUUUGCCAGAGUAAGGCUUGGGACUCAAAAAUUGUUACUAGUGCUUGGUGGGUCUACCCUGACCAAGUUAGUAAAACUGCUCCUACAGGAGAAUAUCUUACAACGGGGAGCUUCAUGAUUCGUGGAAAGAAGAAUUUUCUUCCUCCCCAUCCUCUUAUAAUGGGGUUUGGUCUGUUAUUUCGGCUAGAUGAGAGUUCUUUAGGAUUGCAUUUGAAUGAAAGACGAGUUAGAGGAGAGGAUGAGGCUUCAAAUGUUCUCCAAGAAAAUGAGACCAUGGAAUUAUCUGAAUCUGAUUCAGAUGCUGAGGCCUCAGUGCCAAAUGUUGAAAAAGAUAACGGGAGCAUACCUUCAUCAGAAGAAAAUCAUACAACUCUUGAUUCUGAAGGAAAGAACAGCACGUCUGUUUCUGUUCAACUUGAGGAUCUCAUUGAUAAAGCUCUUGAGCUUGGAUCUGGGGCUGUACCUCUUAGCAGUUAUGAACAAACUUCUCAAAUUACUAAGUCUGAGGAAUGGCAAAAGCAAGAUAAAACGGUCCCUAUCCGGGAUAAGCCACAUAUCUCCAAAGCUGGAAGAAGGAAAUUGAAGAAAGGCUCAAAAUGUGGUGAUGGACAGGCUAUAGAUGAGAAAGGUGAAUUAGAUCAAGGUCAUUCGUCGUCGGUCCACCCUGAGAAGAAAAAUGCUUCCACUACUGGUGGAAAGGUAGCCCGGGGUAAGAGGGGAAAGCUGAAAAAGAUAAAGGAGAAAUAUGCUGAUCAAGAUGAAGAAGAAAGGAGCAUCCGUAUGUCUUUACUUGCGUCAGCUGGAAGAGUAUCAGAUGACAAGAACGAAAAUGAACCCGAAAAUCAAACUUUAGCUACUACCCCAACAGUGGAACUUGAUGGUCAAGAAAAUGCUCUGAAAAUUUGUUACAAGUGUAAGAAGGCUGGCCAUCUCUCUCGUGAUUGUCGGGAACACACUGAGAAAAUCUUGGACCAUAGAAAUGGUAAGCUUGAGAAUCCUGAUGGAGAUACAGGUAUUUCCGCGUCUGAGAUGGAGCAAAUAUCAAUGGAGGAUGACGAUAUACAUGAGAUAGGUGAAGAAGAGAAAGGAAAGCUUAAAGAUGUGGAUUAUUUGACUGGGAAUCCACUGCCUAAUGAUGUUCUUUUGUAUGCUGUGCCUGUCUGCGGUCCAUAUACUGCACUACAAUCGUACAAAUACCGUGUAAAGAUAGUUCCUGGAACCGCUAAGAAAGGGAAAGCUGCGAAAACGGCCAUGAAUUUGUUUAGUCGCAUGCCUGAAGCGAGCUUUAGAGAAAAAGAACUAAUGAAAGCAUGUACUGAUCCGGAACUGGUUGCCGCCAUGAUCGGAAACUCAAAGAUUACCGCAGCAGGUCUAACACAAUUGAAACAGAAGCAAAAGAAAGGAAAGAAGGCCUCCAAUAAAGCUGUUAGCUAGUCCCUUCUCGAGCCGAUCUUUAUGAAAUCCUUGUUUUGUGAAGGAAGCUCUUACAUUUUGGCAGCCAUAGAAAAGUAUAUUGUGUUAAAUCUUCUUUUGUUGUUGUGAAACUCUUGUUGGUUUAUAUUUAUUUCAUAUUUAUAAUGACAACUUUGAUUUGUCACCCAUAUUCCAACUUUAACGCCCAUCGUUUUUAAAAACUUACUACAGCGAUAGUUCUUAAUUUUCGCUGAUUCAAAGCGCUUGUAUACUAUCAAAU